GACGGAAUGACGGAAGUCGCAACAGGAAUUGAGAAGUAUCGUUGUUGGCAUGACUUAAUGAAAUAUCAACCAACUAAGUAGUAGGCGACUGCACCUUCGAUGUGCUUCAUAUUAGAGUAGCAAGUAUUGCUCGCGAAGAACAGUCGCUGUUUAAGUCAUUACAUUACCAUGCAAGUAUUCUGGAUAUGUUUUAUGUUUUUGACACUGGUCUCCUGUAAUGUGCAGUGCCCGUGUGAAACUGCGGAGCUCUGCAAACAAAUCACCGAUGAAAAGGAUUUUGAGGUAUACGUGUUUGAUGUUGGAAACAAGGCAUGGAAGUCCUAUGACUGGAGUAAGGUAACUACAGUAGCUGCGUUUGGAAAAUAUGAUCCAGAGCUCAUGUGUUACGCUCAUUCCAAGGGCGCACGGCUAGUCCUGAAAGGUGAUGUACCGCUUUCUGAAAUUGUGGACCCUGCUAAGAGGGCUGCGUGGAUUGCAGAGAAAGUGGACUUGGCCAAGAAGCAGUUUAUGGAUGGGAUCAAUAUUGACAUUGAGCAAGAGGUGGCGGAGUCCUCACCUGAGUACUAUGCUUUGACUGCCCUUGUCAAAGAAUCCACCGAGGCUUUUCACAGAGAUAUUCCAGGGUCACAGGUGUCAUUUGAUGUGGCAUGGUCCGGAAAAUGUAUUGACAAACGUUGUUAUGACUAUGCUACCAUCGCAGAAUCAUGUGAUCUGCUCUUUGUGAUGUCAUAUGAUGAGCAGAGUCAGAUAUGGGGUGACUGCAUUGCUAUGGCAAAUGCGCCUGUUAACCAGACUUUAACUGCAUAUACUGAUUACAUAAUGAUGAAGAUAAACCCCAAAAAACUUGUGAUGGGAGUGCCAUGGUAUGGUUAUGACUACCCAUGUCUUAAUUUUUCACAGGAGGGUGUGUGUGCCAUCUCUAAAGUUCCCUUCCGUGGAGCUCCUUGCAGCGAUGCAGCUGGACGACAGGUGCCCUACAGUACCAUGAUGAAACAGAUCAACAGCUCCAUGUCUGGCAGAAUGUGGGAUGAGGUGCAGGCUGCCCCUUACUACAAUUACAAGAACAAAGAGGGGCAAGUCCACCAGGUGUGGUAUGAUGACCCAGCGAGCAUUUCUCUGAAGGCAGCCUACGUCAGCACACUGGGCCUUCGGGGGAUUGGCAUGUGGAAUGGCAAUCUCCUGGACUACAGUAACAACCCUGUUGCCCAGCAGCAGACUAAAGACAUGUGGAAUGCCCUUAAACCAAACCAUGAGAAAGAGCGCUGAGUGAAGAGACAACCCAGUCUCCUCAGCUAUUUCUACAAGUCAAUAUAAUGCUUUGUGUUUGGACUUGAGGAGGAACAAGUGUUUUUCUCUUGAAUUUAGGGAUUUGUGCUAGCACUUCAAUUAAACAGCCUUUUUAUUACAGUCGUAAAAAAUUGGUGGGAUGUCCUUUAAGCAGUUGUCAAAAAAAGAAACUUUUUUUUUUUGACCACCACCACUUUUAAAUGAUUUGAUAUGCAGCAGAGAUGGUUAUUUCUCAGGUUUUUUAACAAAAAACUUGUUUCUGUAUUGAUCUGAAUUUGUUUCUGUUUAAUGCUUUAUGCUGAAUAUUUUGAACAUAAUGAUAAAUAUAAUUUCGCAAACAAAUUUACCUUGAUUAUGCACUUCAUUCAUGUAAUAAGAUAACAAUAAGGUUUUAAUGCAAAACCUUUAAUAAACUGUUGAAUAAAACAUCUUGAAAU